GAAUUCUGAAUAGUAUAAAGAAAUGCAAAUAGAAACAAAGUUUGAUAUGUGAAAGUAAUAUGUUGGCAUAGAUACAUACGUACCAUCAGAAAAUAGACAAUAACGAUAAAGUUCAUGUCAUAUGUUGAUUAAAUCAAAGAAGAUAUCUUAAUUUUUUAUCACAGUAAAGCGAUUUAUGAAUCAAAUAUAGAAAUGCUUAACAUAUACGAUAAAGAUUAUAGAGUUUUGGAUUUGGUACGGCAACGUGAAAUACAGGAUUCUGUGGCAUAUGCGGUCUCUCAGAAGUUACACGUUACAGAAAGUUUGAUAUCUCGAUUAGGUUUGGAGAAAGAAUUGACUGGGCACACAGGAUGCGUCAAUUGUUUAGAAUGGAACGAAAGUGGACAGAUUCUUGCUUCGGCAUCCGAUGAUAUGAACAUUAUUUUAUGGGAUCCGUUCCGAUAUGAAAAGAAAUUGGUACUUCGGACAGGUCAUCAUGGAAAUAUAUUUUCCGUUAAGUUUAUGCCAAAGUCAAAUGAUAGUAUACUGGUGUCAGGUGCUGGGGAUAGUGAAGUACGAGUUCGUGAUCUUACACUACUUGAACCCAUACUUAUAUGUAAUUGUCAUUAUGGUCGUGUCAAACGCAUUGCUACCGCAUCUACUGUACCUUUCCUCUUUUGGAGCGCUGCAGAAGAUGGUCUUAUUUUGCAACAUGAUAUUCGCACUCCUCACACCUGCAAGAACAAUGAGUGUAGUACCGCACUGAUAAAUCUUGUUAAUCAUUUGGGUCGAUACGCAGAAGGCAAAUGUAUUUCUGUCAAUCCGAAGAAACCUGAACUAAUAGCUAUCGGAGCGAACGAUGCCUACAUACGGAUGUACGAUCGCAGAAUGAUUAAACUUUCUCAGGUGCCUGAUAUCUCUCCUCUACGCAAUGACUGGGAGAGAGUAACUUUAAAUCUACCUCGUGCUGGUGAAGGCGAUCCAGAUGAGAAUAUACCAUUGGGUUGCGCACAGUACUUUAUCGCGGGCCAUCUGCAGUCUCGAGAUCGUUUCAGCAGGACUCUCACUACCACAUAUUUAACCUUCAGUGCUGAUGGGACUGAGCUACUCGUUAACAUGGGUGGCGAACAAAUUUAUUUAUUCGACAUCAAUAAUCCGAAAACGUUGAAGACGUACCUUGGAUAUUCCGCGAAUAUUCCUUCAGAAGAUUUUAAAAAGUGCUGUGCGGAUAAGAAUCACUUGGACAGUAUAGACGCCACUAGUAAGGAUGUUAAAGUCUUGCCAGUUCAUGUUGAAGAAUUAAAAUGUCAAGCUAAUCGAUGUUUUGAGCAACGAAAGUAUACAUUGGCAAUUACUCUCUAUAACAAAGCAAUAAGUUACUGUCCCAAUGCAGCUGUACUUUUUGCUAACAGAGCUGCAGCAUACAUGAAACGAACCUGGGAUGGUGAUAUAUAUGCUGCUCUUAAAGACUGUCAAACUGCACUGCUUCUUGAUCCAGGUCAUAUAAAAGCGCAUUUUAGAUUAGCACGAUGCCUGUUUGAUUUAUAUCGGUCAGUUGAAGCUGACAAAGUAAUUAAAGAUUUUCAGCAAAAGUUUCCUAAAUAUGCAUCCAAUUCUGCUUGCGAGGCAUUAAGAAUGGAUAUAGAAGAAGCUAUAGAUUCUGGCAGAGAUCAUUAUAUGAAUCAAUCAGUGAUACAAGUAUCCGAAUACGAACAGGCAUGGCAACAUAAUACAAUCGACUAUAAAAUGAGAUUCUAUGGACACUGUAAUACAACAACCGACAUAAAAGAAGUUAACUUCUUCGGAAACAACGGCCAAUAUAUCGUGGCAGGAUCGGAUGACGGUUCUUUUUUUAUUUGGGAUCGAAAUACCACGAAUAUUAUCCGCGUAUUAAGGGGAGACGAACUGAUCGUAAACUGUCUUCAACCUCAUCCAUCCACCUGUUUAUUAGCUACCAGUGGUAUCGAGCCAGUAAUUAGAUUAUGGAGUCCCUUACCCGAGGAUGGUAGCGUAAACGAAAGAGAAAUUCAGAAUUUAGAAGACGCGGCGUCCGCAAAUCAAGUACUUAUGAACUCCGAUCCGUUCUCGGUAAUGCUCAUGCAUAUGGGGUAUCGAUUCCCCGUUCAACAGAUUCAAAUUAUAUAAUGAAGGUGGCGACGAGCAUCACGAUCAGUCAAUUAUGCAACCUUUGAAUUGUAGACCAAGCUAAAUUGUGAAAAAAAAAAAAUUAUGAAAAAGUGACGCAGAGUGUGUUGAGUUAUUCGUAUCACCGAAUGCGGAAUAAUCUACGAGUAAUGACCCCCCGUUAAAAUUCAUUUACAUCUGUUAACUAAAUAUACAGUAUUUUCUCUAUAGAAGCGACGCUCUCGAAUUUCCUUCGCUUCGGGUCGACUGUAGCGAAACACAGGCGUGUUUACAGUAGCGCCCUCUACCUCUCUUGGUAGAGGUCGCAGAAGGAACUAACUGAUUCUGCAUAGGUUCAAUCAAGAGUCGUUCUUCGUCCACGCUAUAGUCGAGCGUCGUUGAGCCCCGAGAACGCCGUUUCUACAGAGAAAAUACUGUACCUCGAACUAUCUACGACAUCGACAUUUUGUUGGCAAUCUACUGGUACUAUCCAUAUUUUCACUUUCUCCAGAUCGUUAUACUACUUGGCCAUUGUGACGCUUUCGGUGGUAUACAGUGGCGGACAAAAGUUUCAAGGCUGUAUUUUCGAUGAAUUAUAAUACUAAAUUAGCCAAUAAUUCAUAGUUGGUCUUGCAAUCGUACAUACUUUAACACUUCAUCUGUAAUUGACUUAACAACCCUUCGAACAUAAGCAGUAUGUGACGCAUAAGGACAAUGAAAUAUUUGAUUUAAUUUAAGACUAUAUUUGAACAAAAUUAUUUACAUUGGCGCAAAUAAUAAUAAUGUCUUGGAAAAGUUAAUACACCACCAAAAGUUUAAUUGUCAUAAUCCCAAAUACAGUUUACAUUUAUGAUGUUUAUGAGUGUAUAUAUGUUUGCAAGACCAACUAAAAAUUGUUCAUUAUUUAUAAUAUUUUGCAGUCGUCUUAAACUUUUGCGCGCUACAGUAGGUAUCUUAACACCUGCGGAAUAUUCCGCUUUCUCGAUGCAAAUAAGUUGAACCAUGGAAGACUUAUUCAGUGCUGUAUUGUAGAAUAUUUGUUUCAAUUCCAAUUAUCUAUUUUUUUAUUAAUUCUGUGCAGUUGUUCACUUUUCCAUAAAUAAAGUGCUAAGGAAUAUUUGAUGUUAAUAAUACACUAAAAAGUAAAAGAAAAUAGUGGCAUAUAAACCAUUUAUUGAUCUUUCUAUUGACAAAAUAACGAAUAACGAAGAGUACUUGGCAAAGUGUUGUAUUUA